GCAAAGUCAUUUAGAAUGGUAAGAGAUCAAUUUCAAACAGACCGGACCUCAAAUGUUAGACUUAGAUUGAUAGGGAAAAGAGGCUCUGAUGGAAGAAGAUACAAUUUACCAACAGUUUCAGAGGUAGCUGCUUUGAUCGUUGGAGAUUUUGAACAAACAAGGUCUGACAGAGAUAUCAUAGUUGAAAGCCAAUCUGGACAACUACAAAGGGUAAAUGAAUUAAAUGCAGCAUACUUAGGUUUGCAAUAUCCAUUACUAUUUCCGUAUGGUGAAGACGGAUACCGAGAAGAUAUUCCUUUAAAUGAUAUUGAUGAUUCGACCAGUUGAAGGAAAUGUGUUAGCACACGUGAGUACUUAUCAUAUAAAAUUCAAGAAAGGAAGGAUGAAGUUCCAACAAUUGUGUCAGCUAGAAGAUUAUUUCAGUAAUUCUUGGUAGAUGGUUAUACAAUGAUGGAAUCUUCUCGAUUGAGGUUCAUUAGGCUUAAUCAAAAAUAAUUGAGAGCACACUUUUAUAAAGGGUUACAAGAUGCUGUUUUACAUGGUGACAUUGAACCUUCUUCUCAAGGACAAAGAGUUAUACUCUCUUCCAGCUUUAUGGGAGGUGCACGUUACAUGUUGCAAAAUUAUCAAGAUGCCAUGGCAAUUUGCAAAUGGGCGGGGUACCCUGAUCUGUUCAUCACAUUUACUUGCAACCCAAAAUGGCCAGAGAUUACUAGAUUUGUGGAGAGUAGGGGAUUAUCUCCAGAAGAUCGUCCCGACAUUUUAACAAGGGUUUUCAAAAUCAAGCUGGAUCGCAUGAUAAAGGAUCUACGCGACAAUAAAGUUUUUGGAGAAGUAAAAGCAGUGAUUUAUACAGUUGAAUUCCAAAAGCGAGGCUUGCCUCAUGCACACAUCUUGCUUUUUCUUCUGAAUAAAUACCCAAAUGUCGGAGAUAUUGAUGGAAUAAUUUCAGCAGAAUUACCAGAUAAAAAAGUAGAUCCUUAUUAUUAUGAUGCUGUUACAAAUUUCAUGAUGCAUGGUCCUUGUGGUACUGCUAGAAAAUCUUCUCCGUGCAUGCAAAAUGGUAGAUGCACAAAGCACUUCCCAAAAAAAUUUGUGUCAUCAACCACAAUUGAUGAAGAUGGAUAUCCAAUUUAUAGAAGAAGGGACGAUGGUAGAACUGCAAAGAGAGUAGGUAUUGAGUUGGAUAAUAG